GUGAUCAAUAUCAUCGAUCGUCGAUGGACUGGGACUCUCGAGCAUCCACUCCACCAAGCUGGUAAGUUUGUUGAUACAACUGAGUACUUUAAGCAUCACUUCUGUUUGCAUGUUAAUACAACUGAGUAACUAAUAUUUGGGUUUCAGCAUACUACCUGAAUCCCAAAUUUCAUUAUAAACGUCGACUCCAUGAGAAUCGAGAUUUGACGAUGGUCGUUCAUGAGGCGUUCGAACAAUUGUUCCCAGAAUCGACAGCGCAAACAGAUUUCGGUAACCAGUUGUUACGGUUUAGGGAUGCGAGGGGUACGUUCUCAUCCGCACUAGCAAAAGCAUCGACUGAAACGAUGAUGCCGUGUGAGUAUGGUAACAUAAUUAGGUAAUUGCAUUUUUCGUUUAAACUUCAAACUAAAACAAGUUCCUCAUGGAUAUAUAGGUGAGUGGUGGGCGAUGUACGGAGUGGACACGCCUGUACUGCAGUUAUUGGCAGUCCGUGUUCUCGCACAGACUGUAUCCUCUUCACCUUGUGAGAGGAAUUGGAGCACAUGGUCACUCAUACACACCAGCAAGAGGAACAGACUAGCAUAUGAGAAGCUGCAAAAGCUCGUUUACUGCCAUUACAAUAUGAAGUUAAGAGAGAGACAGUUGCGGGUAGACCGAGACAUGGAGGAAAAUCAAGACCCGUUAGACCUGUUGUCUAUAGAUAACAUGACACAGAUAGGUGAUGAUGAUGAUGACCCACUUUAUGAGUAGGUCAAAUCAGCUGAUUUAGAUGAUGCGGAGGGAGGCCUUGCUCCACAGGUAGCCGAGGGAGCAGCAGCUCUGGGUAUCGAUGUCAAUCAGGUAGUAGAGAAACAGAAGGCGGAUACAGACUCCUUUGAUCCUUUGAUGAGGAGUUCGGCACAUUCCAAAGAGGGUGAGGAAGCAUCCUCACGGCCCCCUCCUCAUCAGCAAGUCGUAGUGAGUGAUGAUGAUGAUGAGACUCAACCCCCACUUGACAUUGGUCCUGAGGACGACGACGACGAUGACGACGGUGAUGAGGGAGGGGACAGACGCACCGACACUAGUAUAGGUGGUACUAGUGGGGGUGGGGGUGGCAAUGGUGGGGGGUACACGACGGCUCAGAGCCAACGAUCCGUUGGCCAGUUCACUGAAGAGCAGAGCUUUGACCAUGCCACUCAGGACGAGGAUCAUGGAUCUCGUCCACCAUCCAGGGCGAGAGCAUCAGAGCCCAGAUAUAUGUUCGAGCGUCGUUCGAAGAAGAAAGCUGGACGCGCCGUGGCUGAUGCUCUCACACGCAGCCUGUCAUCUAUGGACAUAAGUUCAGAUCAGGGGAGCUCCACCUCUGUCUCACCUUAUGCUCAUGGGGGAUAUCACGGGUAUGGCCAUGGCAGCUCUGACGUUCAGUCACGCUCUUUUACCCAUGGGUACAGGCAGCCGGAAGAUAGUUCUUCGAGUCAUGACCCUUUGACAGGAGAAUAUUCGGGGUACCCGUAUGACUGACAACAAUACUAUCAAGGAGUUGGGGUUGGACUUGAUCUAUUCUCUCAGUACCCUGCUCAGGAAAUGCCGUCGAUGUAUGUCACACAAUUCCCACGUGUAGGCGUAUUCGUACAGUUUGGGGAGGAUGACUAUCAGAGGUACAUAAGAGAGUUCCUCAAUUGGUAUAAGAAGAGGAUGACCUGGGAACAGUAUUGCCAAUAUGUUGGGCAGCAGUACUACUCUCAACUGCCACGGGAUCCGGACAAUGAUUACGAGCCACCUCGUCACUCUAUGUGGGGAUGAAACAUGGGCAGAAAUGUGUAUUUUUUUCAAUUCAUUUACGUUUGCAUGUCUUAAUUGUUUUAAGCUUGCAUUUGUAUUAUAUAAACUAAUUUUGGUUACUAUUUGAGUGAUUUCUUACGACAACGCAUACUUUUUGGCCUCCAUUAAAUGGAAACUUCUAAUUUAAUGUAUUCUUUUUGCAAAAUUUUCAUUCCUGAAUAUGUAAAUAUGUAUAUUUAGGCAUGUCCUGAAGUUUCACUGAAAAAUUCCACCAUUUUCCCCAUAUUUUCCCAUUUUUCCCUGCAUUUCUGGUUAUCGGCGAUAUUAUCGGCGAUAACGAUAUUAUAUCGUUAUCUCCGGCCAGCGAAACUUGUAGCGAUACCGACAACUCGAACACU